CGCUUACAUACAUGUAGAAAUACACGAACACAUACGAGCAGAAAGCGCAAUGUUGAAGUAAAAGACAAGAGAAAGAAAGUAAAGUAGGCAUUAAUAUUGUAAUUUCAUUUGCUGCUAUUUUUGGACAAGUCGAAAUAGAAAUAGAAAUCAAUUCCUGCACUCCCAUUACUUAUUGCUACUGGUUUUUCUCACAAAUUCGCGUAGUGUUUUGCUAAACAUUUCCAGAAUAAAUAUUCCACUUGACUCUAGGUUUAAUUCAAUUUAUUACCAACCAAAAUAAGUUGGUUUGACGAGUCAUUUCUAUAUGUGCGAGUUUUUUUCGUGUAUUCGGCUUAAUGAGAAGAAUUGUUUGGCAAUAAUAUUUACUAAAAUUGCAGUUCCGAUUGUGGUGGUGGUGGUGAAACGAAAAUUAUAAACAAUUAAUAAUUAAUUCUACGGCGUUUUGGGUAUACCUACAGUUUGUUAAACAAACUUUGUUUCAUCAGAAAUGAGAUGAAAUGAAGUGACAAAAACUCAUUUAAUAUGUGAUAGUUUGCUGACGUCAAGAAGAUCUACAAAAAAUUGUGACUGUAAUAACCUUCAUACAUGAAGAGCCACUGCUAAAUAAAUAAAUGAUCAUGUUCGAUUGUGAAAAUUAGUGAUAUUGUGACAUUAAAAUCUGUACAAGUUUACUCUACCACCACGGAAAUAGCUAAAUUCUAGAUAUAAAUACAAUUUUAAAAAAACGAUCUUGAUAAAUCGAACAAUAAAAAUAAUAUUUUGGAUAACUAAAAGAAUGCCCGCAGACGACAAAAUUAUGGGUCAACAGGACGGCGAAGAAAAUUAUAACGUCGACGACGACAACAACAUUUUCGUAAAUGCGGAAGAUGGACUCCGCCUGGAAGCGAUGGAUGAGGAAAACAACGCCAACAAUGAGGCACGACAAAGACUCCAGUACCGGAUAUUGAACGGAGAAUGGGAAGAUUUCGAUAUAAAUUUAGACGAAAUCAUUGACGAAGAUUUCCCCACCAACUUAAUCGUCACCGGGUUUAACGUCGAAUUUUUUGAGCAAGACGAACUAAAGAAACGUUUGGAAAGUUUGUUCCAACUUUACGGCGAAGAUGCAGCGUUUCACUAUUUUAAGAGUUUUAAACGGGUCAGAGUCACGUAUGCGUCGGCGGCGAGUGCGAUCCAGGCGAGAAUUAAGAUGCAUGGGAGUGUCUUGGGCGAAAAUAUUUUAAAGUGUUAUUUUGGUCAGAAUCCGAUUGUAAGAAAGGAUAAGGAGGAUGGAUUACUACAUCCACCCACUCCAGAUAAGCAGUUCCUCAUUUCACCUCCUUGUUCCCCUCCUGUAGAUUGGGAGCCUUGUCCCGAAUCGCAUCCAAAUGUCAAUUAUGACCUCAUAUCUGCACUUGCAAAAUUGAGCCCAGGUGAAGCCCAUGAACUCCAUAAACCUGAGAAGGAGUCACACCCAUCAAUUUUCGUUCACAUUGCUGGAGAUGAAGAAGAGGACGAAGAUCCCUUGAAACCUAAAGCAAUCAAAAUACCUCACACAAAAAGACCCGAAGUAUGAGUUAACUAAUAACUUUCCUACUAAAUAUUAAUAGUAUGACCCCAGCAUCAUCACCAACCACUCCCCUUUGUGCAUUUAAUCUGUACAGAUAUAAGCAAAUUCAUCAAUUUUCAGAAUAUAAUAAUAUUUAAAGUAAUAAGUAUGUAGACUUGUAAUGAUUUAGUUUUUAGUUACUGCAGAGAGGCAAUCAGGUUAUAAUCAGACAAUUAUUCGUAUUAUGCACCCGUAUUAUCAUCAAAAUUCUAGUUAUCUUUAGAAAAUGAAAUUAUGAAUCCGAAUGCUAUUUAACUCUGGAGUAUGUAUGAAUCAUACUGUAUGAUAUCAUAUCAUUGAUAUGAUCAAAUGCUACUACCUACUUUUUAAAGUAGUAUAUUUUAGAAGAAAUUGUAAAAACAAUAUAUGCAAGCUUUCACUCAUUUGAGAUUGCAACGUUAUGAUAAGAAGAUUGCAUACUUAUGUCUUCACUGUGUCAUUAAAUAAUUUGAUUGUGAGAAUUACCAUUUGCAGUGCAAAUUUUG